CUCACUAUACAUAGUGAGGGAAAGAGAGAGAGAAAGAGAAAUAAUGUUCUCUUCACAAAAAUGCCAGACCUCGGAAACCUCUCCCUCUCGUCUUCUCUCGCUCUGACUAACCUCAAGCUAGUCCCUGACCCAGACCCACCCAAAACCCUAGACCAAGAAGCCCGCCAUUGGGACCAAAGGUUGCGAUUCCCGAUUCUUCACAAAGGGGAUAUCAGCGAUGUCAAUGGCAAUGGUAAUGGUAAUGGAAAUGGAAUUAGGGUUUUGAAGCGGAGCCGGGGCUCGUUGGACCGGCCUAAGAAGGCCAACAAUGGGAAGAGCUUGGAGGACCAUGUGAAAGCUUGGGCUCUGAGUAAGAUGGAGUUAGGGGUUCCCGAAUCGCAUUGCUCGCUUCCUUUCCUCGUUGGAGCUCCCAAAAUGAUUGAAUGUCUUGUUUGUCAUAAUUAUAUCUACCCUGAGGAGGGGGUGUUAUGCUCUGUUCGUGGUUGCCAAGGACUCUACCACAUACAGUGUGCAAAGGAAAAGCUUCAGGUCUCAAAUCUGAAAAAAUUCAAGUGCCCACAACAUGCCUGCUUCAUUUGCAAACAGAAGUUACAUUGGCGGUGUGUGCGGUGUCCAAUAGCAUCGCAUGAUAAGUGUGCACCAUGGCCAGACCAAGUAAGGCAUUUUGAAAGCCAACCAGGGAAAGCUGUUUGCUGGAGGCAUCCUAGUGAUUGGCGACUAGAUAGGAAGCAUGCAGCUUGGACAAGUGACAUAAAGGAAGUUUUUGGUCGCUUGCCUCUGCCUUAUAUGGAGGAGGAGUUCAAUGUUGACUCAAUAUGUAAAGACAUGGAAAAUAAAGUGGAGCCACCUCCCUAUAUGCACAUCAGGCGCAAUAUCUACCUAGUUAAGAAGAAGCGUGAUGAUGCUGAUGAUGAUAUUGGAUGCACAAAUUGCAGUUCUAUGUGCUCUGAGGAUUGUGUCUGCAGGGUUCAAUGCAUAAGCUGUUCUAAGGCAUGUCGCUGCUCGGAAAAUUGCACAAACCGGCCAUUUCGCAAUGAGAAAAAGAUCAACAUUGUCAAGACAACACUCUGUGGUUGGGGAGUAGAGGCAGCAGAAAAAAUUAAUAAAGGCGAUUUUAUUAUUGAGUACAUUGGAGAAGUCAUUGAUGAUGCUCAGUGUGAGAAAAGACUUUGGGACAUGAAAUACAGAGGUGCACAUAAUUUUUACAUGUGUGAAAUUCGAAAAGACUUCACAAUUGAUGCAACUUUCAAGGGGAAUGCUUCUCGCUUUCUAAACCAUAGUUGUGAUCCCAACUGUGUUCUGGAAAAGUGGCAAGUUGAGGGGGAAGUACGUGUCGGUGUUUUCGCUGCUCGGUCAAUCAAGAUUGGAGAGGCGUUAACGUAUGAUUACAGAUUCGUGCAAUUUGGACCUGAGGUGAAGUGCCACUGUGGAGCUCCAAGUUGUCAAGGCUAUCUUGGGACCAAAAGAAAGAUUGGUAAAGUGGAUAUUUGCUGGGGAACAAAACGGAAGAGAACAUCAACUUCUUGCUUAACUAUCAUAGCAGUAUGAUUUGUAUUGACAAAUGUUGUAAUAGUCAUGUCAUAUAUCACUUCCCAUAAAAUGUGGUCAAAUAAAAAAACUAAAGAAAAAGAAAAGGAAAAAAGAAGGGGAGUAGAAAAUACAGUCUCUUGUCAUUGUUUUUACACCAUUCAAGCUAUUACAUCCUCUCCAGAUUUUUUUAUUUUUUUAUUUUUUUUGUAACAACUAAUUCCCCUAUUCCCAGAAUUUUUCUUCUGUAGGCUUGUAAGUCAAACAUUGUGAGUCAGCCAGUUACAGUCAGGUAAAAAAAUUCAGGAAAAAAAAAAAAUCUGAAAGAAUGUCAGAUUGGUUGGAAUUAUAGUUUUGAUGUAUAUGCGGCACUGAAAGUUGUGUUCACAGCAUCCUUUUCAUGACUAAUUGAUUCCAGUGUCUUGAGUAUAUUGUACCUGACAUUAUUAUCAAAAGAAAUAUUCUCAAAUUCCCGAA